AUGCAGCAGCAGCACCACCAGGGUGGUGGCGGUGGCGGCUCACAGUUCGGGGCCCCGCCGCCGGACAUGGGCCCCUUCUCGCCGACGGCGGCUGCCACCGGUGGUCCCAUGCCGCUGAGCAGCAGGCCUCCGUCGGCGCAGCCGCAGCCGCAGCAACCGAGGACCAGCUACGAAGAAUUUGCCGUGGUGUCCGGGGCCGCCGGCGGCGGCGGCGGGGGCUUCGACGACGAGAUGAUGGGCAGCGGCGGCGGCGGCGGGUCGUCAGGCGCGUCCAGCAACCGGUGGCCGCGGGAGGAGACGCAGGCGCUCAUCAGGAUCCGGUCGGAGAUGGACGCCACCUUCCGCGACGCGACGCUCAAAGGCCCCCUGUGGGAGGACGUCUCCAGGAAGCUUGCCGACCUGGGGUACAAGAGAAGCGCCAAGAAGUGCAAGGAGAAGUUUGAGAACGUGCACAAGUACUACAAGCGCACCAAGGAAGGCCGCGCCGGCAGGCAGGACGGCAAGAGCUACCGCUUCUUCGACGAACUGGAGGCGCUGCACGCAGCCGCGCCACAGCCGCCGCAGUUGCCACCAGCAAGCACCGCUCCGCCGUUGCACGCCUUCGCGUCGCCAGUAUCCGCGCCGCCGCCGAUGAGUUCAAUGCCGCCGCCGCCGACGGGGCCGAUGCAGCAAGCGCCCAUAUCGUCGGCGGCGCCGGCGGUGGUGCAGGUCCAGGCACCGGUGGAGCUGCCUCCCGGGGCCCACCAGCCCCUCAACCUGCAAGGCUUCAGCUUCUCUUCCAUGUCGGACUCGGAGUCCGAAGACGAGUCCGAGGACGACGACAUGACGGCGGAGACAGGUGGAAGCCAGGACCGCCUCGGCAAGCGGAAGCGCGGCGGCGGUGGCGGUGGCGGCGCCAGCGCUAGCGGCAGCAAGAAGAUGAUGACUUUCUUCGAGGGGCUCAUGCAGCAGGUCGUCGACAGGCAGGAGGAAAUGCAGCGGCGGUUCCUGGAGACCAUGGAGAAGCGGGAGGCGGAGCGCACGGCUCGUGAGGAGGCGUGGCGCAGGCAGGAGGUCGCCCGCCUCAACCGCGAGCUGGAGCAGCUCGCCCAGGAGCGCGCCGCCGCGGCGUCCAGGGACGCCGCCAUCGUCGCCUUCCUCCAGCGCAUCGGUGGGCAGUCCGUGCAGCCCGCUACCGCCGUUGUCGUCCCAAUGCCAGCACCGGUGCCAGUCCAUACCCCGCCGCCGCCGAAACAACCUUCUCGUCAGCAGCAACCGCCGCCGCCUCCGUCGCCACAGACGACACCGCAGUCGAUGCCAAUCUCAGCCGCGCCGCUCCAGCAGCAACCGCCGCAACAGCAGCCCAAGGAUACGUCGCAGCAGGACGCCGGCACGUCGCGCAGCGCGCCCCCGACCUGUGGCGCGUCACUCGAGCUGGUGCCCGCCGUCGCGGAGCAUCACGUCGAUUCCGAGCUAGGAGGAGGGGAUGGAGGGGCGGCGUCGUCAUCGCGGUGGCCCAAGACGGAGGUGCACGCGCUCAUCCAGCUGCGCAUGGACCUGGACAUGCGCUACCCGGAGACCGGUCCCAAGGGUCCGCUCUGGGAGGAGAUUUCGUCCGGGAUGCGGCGGCUGGGAUACAACCGGAGCUCGAAGCGGUGCAAGGAGAAGUGGGAGAACAUCAACAAGUACUACAAGAAGGUGAAGGAGAGCAACAAGAAGAGGCCCGAGGACUCCAAGACCUGCCCGUACUUCCACCAGCUCGAUGCCAUCUACAGCAGGAAACACCUCCGCAGCGGCGCAGCCGCUGCGGCACCGUCCAACGCCGCCGCCGCUCCUCCUCCUCCCGCCUACCCAGAUCAACUGAACCCGAGCCGGCAGGAGAUAGAAGGGAAGAACAUCAACGACGACAAGAGGAACAACGGUGGAUCAGGCGGAGGCACGCAGACGCCAGCCAGCAAUGGCGAGAAGACAGCGCCGACGAUGCCGCCCGCUGCGUUCGAGACCGACACCGGCAUGAAGAAGCCAGAAGACAUCGUCAGGGAGUUGAACGAGCAACCGCCUCGGGAGUUCACGACGGAGGACGAGACGGACAGCGACGACAUGGGCGACGAGUACACCGACGACGGCGAGGAAGGCGAGGACGACGGCAAAAUGCAGUACAGGAUACAGUUCCAGAGGCCGAACCCGGGCGGUACCAACACAGCACCAGCUCCGGCAGCGACGACGGCUGCGCCAGCGGUGCCGACCUCGGCUCCGACCAGCACCUUCCUCGCCAUGGUUCAAUAG